GCUAAAAAUACCUAUGCUGUAAGCACAAGCAGUUAGCAUUUUGCACCAAAGUUUUGUAGUUGCAGGAUUUUUUGACAAGACUCUUAAUUUUAGUCCGUAUUAAAUUUUUUAUUUUAUCUUUUAUUUAUAUCCAUCCUGGUAUUAUUUCAAAGAAUGGAGGACGGUGACUUUGAUCAGCGCUUAAGAGAUUUACAAAGGGAAUAUUUGGAGUUUUUAGAUGACGAAGAAGAUCAAGGAAUUUAUAUGGAAAAAGUAAAACAAAUGAUAAGUGACAAGGGUAAGCGGCUUGUUGUAAAUAUAAAUGAUUUAAGGAGAAAAAGUCCUGAGAGAGCCAGAAAUUUACUGGAGACUGCAUUUGAAGAACAAAUAGCAUUUCAACGAGCUUUAAAGGAAUAUGUCUCGUCAAUUGAUCCUACUUAUGCUAAAGAACAAGAAGAAUUUUUUGUCGCAUUUUCUGGAAGUUUUGGUACUAAGCAUGUAACACCAAGAAGCCUCACAUCAAGAUACUUGGGUAAUCUGAUAUGUGUUGAGGGUAUAGUCACAAGGGUGUCCUUAGUCAGACCUAAAGUGGUAAGAAGUGUACAUUAUUGUCCUGCAACAAAAAAGGUUAUGGAAAGGAAAUAUACCGAUCUGACAUCAUUUGAAGCUUUCCCUACCUCAGCUGUCUAUCCAACCAAGGAUGAUGAAGGUAAUCCUUUAGAAACUGAGUAUGGACUAUCACGCUACAAAGAUCACCAGACACUCACAGUACAGGAGAUGCCAGAGAAGGCACCUGCAGGACAGUUGCCGAGAAGUGUUGAUAUAGUGUGUGAUGAUGACCUGGUUGAUCAAUGUAAGCCAGGAGACAGAGUUCAAAUUGUGGGCAACUAUAGAUGUCUGCCAUCUAAGCAAGGGAGUUUCACAGCUGGAACUUUCAGAACAGUUCUUAUAGCCAACAAUAUAACACAAGUAAACCGCGAAAUGAAUCAGGGAAUAAUUCUAGAGGACAUAAAGCUAUGCAAGCGUCUUGCAAAGAGCAGUAAUAUAUUCGAGAGAAUGAGUAAAUCGUUGGCGCCAUCUAUUCAUGGACAUGACUUUAUCAAGCAAGCCAUAUUGUGUCAAUUGCUUGGUGGUAUGGAGAAGAUCUUGCCAAAUGGGACCAGACUAAGAGGUGAUAUAAACAUUCUCCUGAUUGGAGACCCAUCUGUGGCGAAGUCCCAGCUGCUGCGUUAUGUCCUGAUGACGGCGCCACGAGCUAUCACCACCACGGGCAGAGGCUCCUCUGGGGUCGGUCUCACUGCUGCUGUUACGACGGACCCUGAAACUGGUGACAGGAGGCUGGAAGCAGGCGCCAUGGUGCUGGCCGACCGCGGCGUGGUGUGCAUCGACGAGUUCGACAAGAUGUCGGACAUCGACCGCACGGCCAUCCACGAGGUCAUGGAGCAGGGCCGCGUCACCAUCGCCAAGGCGGGCGUGCACGCCGCUCUCAACGCACGCUGCUCUGUGCUCGCCGCGGCCAACCCGGUCUAUGGGCGGUACGACCAGUACAAAACACCCAUGGAGAACAUCGGGCUGCAAGACUCGUUGCUGUCCCGGUUCGACCUGCUGUUCGUGAUGUUGGACAUCGCAGACGCAGACCACGACAACAUGAUCUCCGAGCACGUGCUGCGGAUGCACAGAUACAGAAAUCCGAAAGAGCAAGACGGAGAAGUGCUGCCAAUGGGAUCCUUAGUAGACAUGUUGUCAACCGAAAACCCUGAUAAUGAUCAAGUCGAGGACACUCAAGAAUCGAUAUAUGAGAAAUACGACCCACUCCUCCACGGUAAGACCCGCAAGAAGAAGGAGCAAUACUUCAGCACCAAGUUUAUGAAGAAGUACCUGCACAUCGCCAAGUUGAUCAAGCCCAAGUUGAGCCAGGAGGCCUGUGACGUCAUCGCGGACGAGUACGCAAAGCUGAGGAACCAGGAUAUGAUGGAGAGCGAUGUUGCCAGGACUCAGCCAGUGACCGCGAGAACGUUGGAGACCCUGAUCCGGCUGGCGACGGCGCACGCCAAGUGCCGCCUCAGCUCACAGGUCACGGAGAACGACGCCAUGACAGCCAUCGAGCUGAUGCACUACGCUUACUUCAAGAAGGUGUUGACGAGAGAGAAGCGGCGCAAAAGACGCGCGUCGUCCGCAGACGAAGAUGAAAACGAGUCGGAGCAACCUUCACAACCCCGCCCUAAGAGGACGCGCAGAACUGACGGCACUGAAGACCCGUACGAGUUCUCGUCUGACGAGGAGGCGGCUCCCAUCCUGCGCGCGGCUCACUCGUCCGCGGUACAACCCUCGCUGACGAGUGGCGCCCUCACACCCAUACUGCCGGACAGAUUGACUAUUUUCAAAUCGUCGCUUCAACAGUUGUACCGUGACGAGCGAGCCAACUCGCUUCCUCUCGCACGGAUCACCGAAUACCUGAACGAGAAAUACGCCCACGAAAAAUUCAAUUCUGGUGAAAUCAACGCCGCGUUGAAUAUUAUGACCAAGGACAACCAGGUUAUGUUGGCUGACGACAUCGUAUUCUUGAUAUAACUAAUACGUUUUUUAAAUUCAUUGCGUCAUAUGACUUUUUAAGGAACACCAAUGACAGUCUAUACACAUAUAAGGACGUACCAUUCGCAGUCUGAUAGCGAAAGGGCAAAAGUGUUCUUAAAGACAAUGUAAGCACACUUUCUCCUUAGACGUAUAUCAACUGUCACUGUCCGAAUCGGGUUCUAAAUUCAACACACGUAAACUGAACUGAAUAAAUGUUUUACAUUGCUGCUUAUUCAUCAAGAAUGUUUUGAACAACUGGAGUAAAUUUGGUAAUGUAUAGAUGUAACGACUGCGAUUAUUUAAAUCGCCAUAUUAAAUAAUAGAGUCACUCACAGGAUUAAAAAAAUUAAUAAACAAACCGACUAAACUCUUGCUAUUAUCAUGUGCAUGGACUAUGACGCCAUAGUUCAUAACAACAAACAAACAAUUGGAGAAAAUAAAUUUUAAUGUCAUGCUUUUUUUGCUCUGAGUAUUGGAAUCAAAAUAUUUGAAUUAUGCAAAUUCUUUUUCACUUUAAAAAAUAUAUUGCUAAACCAAAAUAUUGCUGUAAGCAUGAAUUAUAUUUCAGUUACACAUAUUAAUAAAAAAAAAUGUGUGCAAUUCACAAGUAUUAGAAGUGAAACCUUAAAAAAUUUUAGCUUCGAGAUAAUGAGACAAAUGUAAACUUUCGGGAAGUUUCAAUUCAAAAUUUACUCUUUUGAUUAUAUUCGUAUACUUACCCUAUUAUAUAUAAUAACCCAUUCGGCUAAGAAACUCAAAAUUGAUGCUCUGCCGGUUAUAUUAUGUCUAAUCACUUUGUUUCUUUUUGCAUAUUGAUUCUGCAAUUGAUGAUUUAUUUAAGGAAUGUGUAAUAUUGUACCUAUCUUAUUUUUUUUGGUAAGUUUUGUUGAUUAUAAGUUUAUAUUAUUCGUGAUGCAGAUAAGCAACAGCUGAUAUAUAUAAAAUAUGAAUAUAUUUCAUUUGCCAUUAAUAUUGUAUCAUAUUGUUAUAGUAUAUCAGAUAUAUCUGAGUGUUAUCAAUCAGAUAUAGGUCAGCUUCGUAAUCCAUAAUUAUAUCAAUCAAAAAAUACAGGAUCAAAUAGAAAAGUAUUUGUUAAAGUGGAUGAUAUUAUAAAUUUAAAAAAAGCAGGCAAUGUGUCCUAAUUGGGACACAUUUUGACAGUGACAGUAAUGCCUGUUUACAAUUUCGCAGAAGUAACGAACUCUGCUCUCUUAGGGUCCGUUCACACAGACCGGCUCGGAGAGCAUCGGCCUGCUUUUUUCUUUUCACACAGACCGGGUCGUAUACGCUUGGAAUUGGCCGGAGCGGAGCCGCCAACUAUUUCACAUCGACCGGCUGGAAGAGAUCUGAAAGCGGGUGCGGUUGGAUGUGCUCGGAGCCGGUCGGAUGCGCUCGGAGUCGGGUGGAUACACUACAAAGGCAGUGCCAGUAUUCCGCGCAGUCUAAGUUUUGUUUUCGGUGUGUUAACGUGUGCUUUUCGAAACAUGGAUUUAGAUAGCUCCGACGAAGAAAUAUAUUUGUUAGCAAGAUUACUUGAAAUAGAACAUAGGAAACGUAAGCGCAAGCGGAAACAAAUAUGGGUAAAACAUAUUUGGAAAAACAGACUAAUCCAUGGGGAGUUUCACACCAUUUUCGAGGAAUUGAAGAGAGAUAGCCUAAAAUUUUAUGAGUAUUAUCGUAUGGAAUAUUGGCAAUUUUUGAAAUUGACAGAUUUGUUAAGAGUACAUAUAACAAAAAAGACUACAAAUUAUCGUUGCACCAUUACAGCCGAAGAAAGGUUAACGGUAACUUUAAGGUAAAUAAAAAACAAUUAUUUAUACUAAUCAUGUUAUUUAGAUCACAAAAUCACAGCCCUCCAUUUAUUAAGCAUUGUUUACGUUAAUGAAAUGUAAAUUACUUAUACUAAUCAUGUUAAAUAACACAAACAUCUAAAUAGAUCACAAAAUCACAGCCCUCCAUUUAUUAAGCAUUAUUUACGUUAAUGAAAUGUAAUUAAAUAGUACAGAUUUGUGUGUGUUUAAUUAUUAUUAUUAUAAUUAUUAUUGUUUUUGAUUGUUUAUUAUUUUGUAUUUUGUGUGCUGGUAUUGUACCCGUAAGUAGUCUGAUCUGGAUAGUUUUGAGGAAUAUAGGUUUCGUUUGACACUAGGUAAGUAGAUUGAUUAGUCGAUGGCGGUGAAUUUAUAGACAAAGAAUAAUUCAAAUCUGUACUAUUUUCAUACAGACUUAAUUCAGCUUCAUUAACAAUGUUAAACACGCGCCUUUUAAUUCGUGCUUGGACUUCUUUUGGGAAUGUUUCCACUGUAUCUGACAUAGACAAAAAAAAAUUACGUAAUGCCUUGUCACGGGGUGUAGUAUUUCUUUUUUCUUCAAGAUACUCUUCGAAAACCGUAGCAACAUCUUUGCUUAAGCGUGGUCUCUUUUUCGAGCCAGAAGUACUUGCAAGCGAUUCAACUUCAGAAUGGUCAGAACGUUUAGAUGAUGUCGAUGGUGGUGGUAUUGGUGUGCCAGGCUCUGAAUCAUCCGAUGAUAAUGUUACAUUAGAUAUUUGGUUUCGAUUGCGAAAAAAUGGUAUUAUAAAAGAAAGUUCUUUUUCAAAUUUUAUCAAUUUGGACGUAGUUGCACCAUCGCCACUCUUGCCUUUUCGGUUAUAAUAGGCUUUUCUGAAGUUAUCUCGCAGUUUCUUCCAACGAUCCUGGCACUGCGUCACUGGAAAGAACAGAAAUGAAAAAUUAAUAACAUAACUCUUUUUUAUUUUAUACUUCGUUUUGGUACGGCAGUCUUAUAUUUCUAUUUUGUGUGUUUGUUUUAUUUUUACAGAUUCCUCAUCACUGGUUGCAGUUUCAAAAACUUGUCAUUUAAUUUUCGAAUGGGAAUUUCUACAGUUCAUUCAAUUAUUCAUGAGACAAUCAGAGUAAUUUGUGAUGUUUUGAUGCCCAUAGUUAUGCAGAUGCCAGAUGAAGAAAUGUGGGAAAAGGUUUCACGUGAUUUCUUUAAUAUUUGGAAUUUUCCUAACUGUUUGGGCGCUAUAGACGGAAAGCAUGUCAAUAUACAGGCACCAGAUAAUAGUGGAAGCUUAUACUAUAAUUAUAAAAACUUUUUCAGUACAGUGUUACUAGCUGUGGUCGACGCGAAAUACAGUUUUUUAAUUGUUGAUGUCGGAUCAUAUGGUAAAAAUAGCGACGGCGGAAUUUUACAGAAUUCAAAAUUUUGGAAAAAACUCAACACCAAUAAGUUAAAGCUGCCCCCAAAUAAACCUCUACCUAGUACCACUGAAAGCUUACCACAUGUUUUUAUAGGAGACGAGGCAUUUCCUUUGAGCAAUAAUAUAUUGCGGCCGUAUCCAAGAGAACAAGCAAGAACAGAAUUAUCAAAAAAAGUAUUUAAUCUGCGUUUAAGCAGGGCAAGAAAAGUCGUAGAAUGUGCAUUUGGAAUGCUAACUCAAAGAUUUGAAAUUUAUCAAAAACGAAUGAAAAUUCAGCCGAAGUACUGUGAUUUAAUUAUAUUAGCAACUACAUGUUUACAUAAUUUUUUAAUAGAAAAUCGGACGCCAGGACAAGAGAAUGAAUUUCACAGCAAUAUAAAUUUAUUAACAGCAAUAACAGACAAUAAUAAUGAAAACAGUUCUAAUAGCGACGCAGUUCUAACCACAAGGAAUAAAUUUAAGGAUUAUUUUUCAUCAAGUGGUGCUUUAGAUUGGCAAGAUCAAGUGGCUACGCGAGUUUCUUAAGUUAUAUUUAAUAAAAAUUGUCUACUACAUAAGUAUAUUCUAACGAUCAGAUACUCAAACGAGUUUUUAAAGUAAGGGCGCAUUUAAACUCAUGUUAUUCCUAUUUUGACUUUGAAUCUAACACGUCGCAGCACGAGUUUAAGAAGCCCUUGCUUUAAAAUUCGUUUGAGUAUCUGGGGGUAGGUGUAAAACAAUGAAAACCUUACUUACCACUUAUUCCGAGACAUUUGCUAAUUUCCUCCCAUGCAUUGUCUUUCAUUAUCCGAUCGCUAUAUGAUGGCUUGGUUAUGUCAAAUAAACACUCAUAUUUUGACACGAGUAUUAUUAAUUUUUCAUCAUUCAUCUUUUCGUACAAGUACGCACAACUAUUACGUUCAAAUGUUGCUAUCAAAAUGGCAGUCGGCGCGGCCGCAGCGGGCACGCAAUCGGAGCCCAUCGGCUGCGCGAGCGAGAAAGAGCACGCAAUCGGAGCCGACAGGCUGCGCAAGCGAGAAAGAGCACGCAAUCAGAGCCGAUCGGCUGCGCGAGCGAGAAAGAGCACGCAAUCGGAGCCGACAGGCUGCGCAAGCGAGAAAGAGCACGCAAUCAGAGCCGAUCGGCUGCGCGAGCGAGAAAGAGCACGCAAGCGGAGCCGGUCGGCUCCUUUUAUUACUUCACACGAAGCGCGUUCAGGCAUUUUUAAUGACAAAAAAGGUGCAAAUGCAAAAAUAAACUUUACUACAAUCACUCAAAACACUGUUUCCAACGUGAUAAAAAUCUGCUCUCCUCUCCGAGCCGGUCUGUGUGAACGGACCCUUAUUGUCUUAUAUACGCGAUCGUUUGUAUGUCAGUAUAAUUUAAUGUAUAACAUCUUUAUAUUAUAAUACCUUAGAUUAAGAAUUGGUCUCCGCCUCCUGUUUGAAUAUCAUUUCUUGUACUACAAAAUUUGUAGAAUAUUAAAAAAAUAUUCGUGAUAAAAUCAAGUAAAUCAAUGUAUUUAAGGAGAUUUUAAUAUGUUUCCCAGAAACUUCAUAGAUGCAACGAUCCAGAUUUUAGGAUAUUUUGUAAUAAUUACAUUUUACAUAUUCAGCUUUACCCAAGAGUUGUUUUUGUGAUGUUAUGCUUCAGUUAAGUUUGUUAAGAAUAAUUUUAAGUUUGUAAGAAGUAUGUAUUAAUAUGAUCAGUGAUACAUCCGCAUAAGUUGAUUAAAAAUUUGGUACAAAUU